AUAGCGAGGCGGGGAGUGAUGUCGGGGCGCGGCAAGCAGGGGGGCAAAGCCCGGGCAAAGGCCAAGUCGCGUUCGUCCCGCGCCGGCCUCCAGUUCCCCGUUGGCCGCGUUCAUCGUUUGCUUCGUAAAGGUAACUACGCCGAGCGGGUGGGCGCCGGCGCUCCCGUUUAUUUGGCCGCCGUUAUGGAAUACCUGACGGCUGAAAUUUUGGAGCUGGCGGGUAACGCCGCCCGGGAUAAUAAGAAAACGCGGAUCAUUCCCCGCCACCUGCAGCUGGCGGUGAGGAACGACGAGGAGCUCAAUAAGCUGCUGGGUGGCGUCACCAUCGCGCAGGGCGGGGUGCUGCCCAACAUCCAGGCUGUGCUACUGCCCAAGAAGAGCGAGAGCCACAAGGCCAAGGGGAAGUGAGGCGGCAGCAGAGGGGUGGGGGGGAAACCUGCAGGUUUUUAUUCUUUGUU